AUGCAGGUCGUCGAGUGGCUUCCUGACAGCGCGCCGGAACACAAUCGCUCUCUCUACGAAUCCGCAGUGACGCACACAGCAACAGACAGUAGAACUGCAGAUGAAGACUGUGGCAGUGGCAGUGCUCACUGCCUAGCGCCUCGCACAUCCCUGGUGCCCCCGUUAUGUUUGCUGUGCGGGCCUAACGACCACAAGAAACUAUUGGAUCCCCCUGCCAAAGACGUUGGCCUUGGGCAGGGGUUGCUCGGACGGGGUAGUAUUUUUGAUAUACGUCUGGCUGCCUCUUUUGCUAUGAAGAGCAUCAGCCUCAAUUCAUGUCAAUCGCUUUCUCAGUGCGAGCUGUGGACUCGAACAUCAACCCCAUUCUCAUCUUCCUUUCUCCAAAGACUUUCUUUCCUUCUUGAACAAUUCUCUCCACUUGGGUCUCUUUCCGACUCCAUUUCCCCGCGAUACACGCACCUAGCUCGUGGGAGCCCGAGCCCCCGUAGCGGCCGUGAGCAAUUCGACACUUGUCCCGGAGCCAGCGCCGAGUUCGCCAAGUCCACAACCAUGGCCCAAGGUCUCGGUCUCUACCGGGUCCCAGACCUCGAUGUCGAUGUCGAAGUUGCUCUCAGGAUGAGCGCCGAUAAGUUCAAGGAACAGUUGAAUGAUAUUCAUGUCGACAAGUUCGGAAAGACUACUCUUGACGAUGUUUACCGAAGUCUCAGGGACAUUCAGUUCCAGCAACAGGAGCAGAAGACCUUGAUGAACCUCAACAGGAUUGAGUUGUUUCUCAGUGGCAUGCACUCAUUUCAAGAAGUCCUGGACGAUAGGGGCAUGGAAGAUGUUGACGGUAUCAUGGCUUUCGUUUGGGGCCCUAUGAGGUUUCUGCUUGAGACAACCAACGUCAACGAGAGAGCGUUUGAUCACGUACUCGAAGUUUACCAACGACUUGGGAUCCAGAUCCUUCCUCUUUCAGAGUACAAACAAUUCUUUGCAGGAUCCGUCAACGGCAGAGCCUGCCUUCUUAACAUUUACAACGACAUCGCCGAAUUUCACACAACCGCAUACAGGUUGUUCUCUCUCCGCAGCUCAUUAUGGGGUAAAUUACAUAAAGCGACAUGGAAAGAUUUGGAGUCGACAUUCAAAUACUUAGCCGCUAGCCUUCGGCUACACGCAGAAUUCAUCCAAACCCACGGGGCUCCUCUCCAAGACCGACAUGCCUUCCGUAGCGUAGACUCCGGCUUCGCGGCACCCCAAAACAGCAUCUUGUUCGAUAAUGACGAUUUCCGCCGCAAAUCCCACCAAUACAUGUUGGAUUACGCAUCACUGCGACAAAAUUUCAGAAAGGACGAAGCCCACAGGAAGCAGAAGCAGAAGCAGAAGGUUCUGAAAUGGAUCGCCGCUCCCAUGAAGACACAGGAAUUGCACAAGAGCUUCGUCAAGAAGAGAGAACCGUAUCCAGAAACCGGACGCUGGCUUUACACCAGGUACGACGCAGUAUCAAAUUGGAUGCGUGAGGACAUACCUCAGGACUCCGCUCUUUGGGUCUACGGCAAGAAAGGCAUGGGCAAGUCAAUUUUGUCGUCACUGGUGGUCAACCGGUUGCAGGAACUCGUCAGGACCCAAGACAUCCCGAAAGUACAAACGUGUUACUUCUACUGCCAGGACGCAGACCCGGAACUGAACACGUACUUUGGCAUACUCAGGGGCAUCGUCCAUCAACUCGUCUCCGCAGUUGACGUAUCGAACCUUGAUGAGUCAAACGAAGAUGAGUAUGACAUUUCGGCGUGUUGUAACAAGUACAAUGGGUUCAUUCUUCCUCUUUGCGACGACAAAAUCACGAACAGUGGUGGCUCGACUCUAUCAACAUCGGAGGGAUGCCUUUCACUCAUCGAGGCAUUUUUUGAGAUUAACCCUCGAUUAUACAUUGUUGUGGACGGACUGGAUGAGUGCGCAGGCCGCGUGGAAAUCCAGCAGAUAGUGUCCUUCUUGGUGGCUCAAGUUUCGCGUCUAGACGAGAUUAGUCAAGGACAGUUGCGGGUGCUGUUCAUGAGUCAACCGAAUCCCGAGGUCAAAGCAGCCAUGUCAAAGCCUACCGUCAGUCCGAUUAUCGGCGAAGUCGAACUACAGGCCACCGAUAACACACAAGAUAUACGGACAUAUGUGAAGAGCCGGCUGGAUCCAGCGGAGUUGGUCAAGUCAAGAAGGCAGGUGAGGGGGAGGAUCAACCCUACCGAAGCUUCAUUACUAGAAGCUUCUGGGAACAACUUCAACCUCCUAGAGCAAGAUAUACAACGCAUCGAAGAAGAGGUUUCGUUACAGAGCGAAGGCCUUUUCCUCUACGCAGUCCUCGCUGUGGACUACCUCUUGAACCAAUGGAGUAAAGGUGAACUUCUCCGAAAGGUUUCAUCGCGCAUGCUUCCUGACGGCAUUACAAAGAUGUACGACAUGGUGUUAGAGAGCCUCAAGGAGAAGAUGCUGGAUUUGUCUUCAACUCAUUGGGACAAGACUAAGCUUCUCCUCGGCUGGCUUGCCUGCGCCCAUCGCCCGCUCAAGUGGCACGAGAUACAAGCCAUCAUCGCUUAUGACCUUGAGAUGGAUGAAAUAGACUUUGACCUUCGCAUGAUUCGAAGAGAAAACAUCAAUAACUUUCUAGGGUCGCUGGUCGAAGUCUUGCCGGGCGAUGAGAUUCGUCUCAUGCACUCAACGGCUAAGGACCAUCUCGUUUCUAGCAGACUUAUCCACGCGAAAUCAGUUCAGUGCGAUCUCGCCAUUCUCUGUCUGCGCUACCUCUCUCUUCGCUGCUUUGCAGCCGAAGACUACAGCGUAGUCGAGUUGCACAGUCAUAUACGUAAAGGCUACUUUUCAUUCCAAGACUAUGCCAUCCCUCAAUGGAACAAACACAUCAAGACCGUCAUUAGAGAAUGCCAUGAACUAUUCUCACCCACCUUCUACCACGAUGCAGCAGUAGAACCAGGACGCAACUUCGUCGGAGAAUUCGGGUCGGCUUUGGCCAGGUUCAUCUCUGCUUAUGAUACCGAUAUCAAGAGGGAGACGCACCCAGAGUUCCCUGAGGAUGACUUGUCAAAGUACAUCAGCUUGCCAUUCUACCCCGAUCUCGCUCGCUUAUGGAAUCAUAUCUUUACCCAUCAGAAAGCUUCCGCCGACGAACGCAACGAAGUCGGCAUUAGCCGCUUACAAGACGCCCUCACUUCGCACCGCGAGGUCCUGGCAAGUGAGUACCAGCCAGACACGGUCAUGUUUGGGAGCGACACCAUGGAGACCUACUACGGGCCCAACCUUUUCAAAUGCAAGAAAACACUGUGCAAGUUUUUCUAUGAGGGCUUCAAGACCGAGAAAGAUCGGGAUGCACACCACAAUCGCCACGAUAGACCGUACCCGUGCCCCAUCAAGACAUGCAACUCGGCGCCCGUUGGGUUCUCGUCCAAUAAGGACAAGGAGAGGCACGUCAGGACGUACCACCCAGAAGAGAUUGACGGACAGACGCCCUUCAUACAAAUGAGCAGGAGAGUCGAAACGGCCAAGUUUCCGUGCAAGAUGUGCGGGAAGUGUUUUACGCGGAAUAUCAACUUGAAGGGGCACAUGAGGAGUCACUUUGGCGAGAGGCCUUUUGCCUGCCCGAAUUGCGGAAAGGCAUUUGCUAGGCUGAAUGAUUACGACUAUGGCCUCAAUAUUUCGGCUUGGGCGUUGGGUGUUCACGAAACCUUGGAGAAGGCUAAGCCAGCCGCAGCAGUUCUUUCUGCACAGGAAUUGUAUCAUGUGCAAACGCAUGUAGUUGCCUUUGCCAACCACCAAGUUUUGCUAAAACUAAUGGCCUGCAUAUUCCGCCUCGUUGCCUUCAUGCAGGCCCAGCCAUGUGUGUGGCAGGCCGCCCAUGGACGCCUAGCUUCUUUUUCGCGCGUCCCCCCUUCCCGUAUCGUGCUGACACAGUAUUCGUUAUCCCAUUCACCUUUACAUAAGUCGUCACGGAUCGUUCAUGAGGGCAGCAUGUCAGCACCACUCCCGCAUAGGCCAGUACGCACUCGAGGCCGGUCCGAAACUGACCUGGGUGACCCACACUCGAGCUCAAAGAGAACUCGGGGGCGGAACACUAUCGACGCGUACUGCUCUAGCUGUCUGCUACUUUUCUCUAAAGAUGGCCUGGAGGCGCUCAACUCGACUGCUGGCCUGCGGCACUCGACGUUUGUGCGGUGCCGCUCUCAAGCCAUUCGUGGCUGCCCACUGUGUCACUUCAUCUUGGCAACGGUUAAAAGGGAUCAAGAGAACGACUGGCCUGACGAUGAAACCCUCAUCUUUCACAAUCGCUCUUCGAUGAAAGACACCAAAGUCUUACCCCCAUGGAUCGAUAUAUUGGACGGUAGUAUUUCCUCCAGGAAAGUCGUCACUACUAUAUAUCCAUACGCCAAGCAUGGAGAUCCCAUGGCCAAUUUUGUUUACCGGAGACCACUUCUUAGAGAUGUUAAAAGCCAAAAGGUUUUCUCAGCUGCGGUGAGACUUUACAAUGAGGUCAUUGACGUUGGUACUGUCGAGUCACCCACGCUGAAGUUAUUCAUCAACGAUGUCGAACAGGAAGGCACGUAUGUCGCCCUGAGUUACUGCUGGGGCGGCGAACAGCCCGGAAAUCUUCUAGCAACCACCUUAGAACGCAUGACUGAAGGGAUACGAAUGGAAGAGUUGGAGCAGACAGUUAGAGACGCGGUAGUGGCCACUCGAAAGCUAGGUUUCAGGUACCUUUGGGUUGAUGCAUACUGCAUUAUUCAGGAUUGUGCCCAAGACAAGGCGAAGGAGAUUGGCGACAUGGCUCUAAUCUACAAGAACGCGGCUGUCAUGAUCGCGGCGGGGACUGCGGCCCGAGCCCGAGAUGGGUUUCUUGCCACUCGCAGAACAUACAUACCCGAAGAAGAGUUUCGUAUUCCCAUGUCUAGCGGCGGACUAGGAACUGUCUAUCUUCGAACUGGUACACAUAUGCCUAGGCAUGCUAUUGACACGUGUGGGUGGGUUCUUCAAGAGUUUAUGCUAUCGUCUAGGAUACUCUUCUUCUCGGAAUAUGAGCUCUUAUGGCAGUGUCAAGAGACUGAGUUACGGGGAGUCACGGGCGAAGGCUUAGAGUACUUGCAACCGCUGGAAAGUCUGCCCUGGUUGGCGUUUAAUGAUGAGGCUGGAUCGAAUUUUGGGGGCCAAGAGGAGGAGAAGAGGUACAUCUGGAUGACAGUAGUCGAACAGUACUCGCGUCGAUUGUUGAGUGACCCUGGCGAUAGGCUGGAUGCCUUGAAGGGUAUCACUCUAGAGCUUCAGAGCCUGUGGCGGGACACCAAUACCUUUGGGUUGUGGAGAAAAUGGUUUAUCGAGCAGCUGACCUGGUCGAAGAAAGAUUGUGAGAAAGACGGCAAUACGGAAGUUGUGAGGUCAGCCCGGGCACCCAGCUGGUCGUGGGCUUCUCUGAACGGGCGGAUCCGUUACACUGGCUUAUUCACGACGGAGUAUGCCGAGGUCCGGGGCAUGACUCUCUUAGAGGAACGCAUCUCACCGCAUAACGUUAUCUUGUCGUGUCCCAUCAUCACACUUGACGAUAUGGACCAGUCAAGGCUUGAUGAAGACGAAGAGUGGAUAACAGAAUACCCUGAUUUAGCCGACAUCUCGCUUGAGAUCGGUGAUAGAGAAACCGAAUAUCUUAUCCUAGGGAAAACGAUGUUGGGAGACCUUGAGCUGCUCAUCGCGCUCAUGGUGGUUGAAGAUGACGCAUGCGGCGGAGUAUACCGUCGAGUUGGGCUGGCAACAUUCACUGAUGAGGCAAUCUUAAAAAGUGCAAAGGACAAGGUCGUAACGCUGAAGUAG